CUCUCGCCAGGCACACACACUAACCAACCAACCAACCAGGCACUCCUACGCCUUCAUCUGCGCUAUCCAUCCGUGGCGUUCAAUGGCAUCUUUAGUCGUCUUGUGCGUGGCGGUCUCCCUCGUGCCGUCGACACUGGCCUUCAUCUACUCAUCUGUCAGGCCAGCAUCUCACUCUUCGAGGCACAGAUCAAGAUGGAGCCGCUUCACACGCCCUUCAGCAACGAAACCGACGGUCGACGUGCGAGUCUGCAAUGGUAUGGAUGACUGCCAUGGAUGGUUGCGGGUAUUCAUGUAUGUGAUGGGCGAGUGUCGGGGGUCCGAUUGAUUUUUGUCUGUGUGUCACACGGCAGGUCCUACAUGCGGCCCGAAGAGUGAAAAGGCGUUCGGAGGCGCGCAGGUGCUCGCAGAGCAUUUCCGCUUCCUGCUCGGGACGGUGGGGAAAGAGGAUGGUGAGGCUGACGGGAGGGGCUUCGGCGAGGGAAGGCCUUAUGCCUUGCAAGUGCAGACGUGCAGCUGCCUCGGCAACUGCGACUACGGCCCCAAUGUGCGUGUGAUGGUGAGUCCAUCACGGCAGAAGAAGCCGAUGGUGAUGCGACGUCAAAAAGACCUCGCUGAGGCUGUGACUCUCAGCAAAGACAUCAUACAACAGGUGUGUCAGAAACGCAGACAGGCACAAAUACAUCAGCUUAAGCUCUGAGUCAUUGUUUGUUUGACUGCCUGCAGGCGAUUCGUGUGGGUGGCCGCAAGCCGCCAAUGACGGAGUCCGAGGCCAUCCUGCGCUGCAAGGAGAAGGGCAUCAAGUCGCUGAGAGACGACGACCCUCAGGCGGCGUUAAGUCACUUCAAUGAAGGCAUCGCCGCCCUCACCAAGUGGGGCGAGGCGCUGCUGGCCGACGCGCAGCAGGGAGAGGGCCAGUACGACAUCGACUUUCCUGAAAUUCUCAACAGGUCAGCUCAGCUGAGCUGAGCCGAGCGGAGCCACCUGAGCAAGGAGGACUGAUGUGUGGCUCAUUCUCUUUCUCUGUGUGUCCAUCCAUCCAUCCAUCCACGUGAAGGGCGUAUGCCACGCUCGUUGGCGGCAGGGGGAUCGCGCACGUGAUGAUGGGACAGAUGGAUGAGAGUCUUAAAGACAUCAACGAAGCCGUCGGUGAGAGUGAGAGUGAGAGAGAGCAACAUACAGAGUUGCGUGCAUACACGAGUUCAGACCUCGACCCGGCGAAUGUAGUGCUGUGGCGCCUCAAGUGUGAGGUCCACCGGGCCAGAUCAGAAGACGAGGAGGCACUCCAAACCUUAAGGCAUGUUGCAAACCAGCAGCCAUGCGCUUAUUCGCCUCUGCACUGAGGAGCCGUGCGGCUCUCUGUCUGUCUGUCUGUCUGUGUGUUGUCGAGUGCAGGAUAGCGAUGACGUUGCCGAAUGUCUAUCUGCCGCGCGUCAAGGCGUUGGAGGCGUGCGAGAAGGAGCUGGACCCAGCCAUGGGUGGGCUGCUGGGCGCCGUGAAGCAGAUGACUAGGGGCAAGGGAGAGAGAUAUGAGCUGACUGAACUGACUUAGAACUGAUUGGUGGGCUGAUGCUAUUGAUAUUCUCUAUCGACAGGGGAGGG